GCCGGCGCUUGGUUGCCGCCGGCGACACCACCAGCGCCUUUGAUCAGAUGCGGAUGCCCUCUGGCCUGGAGCACUACUUCCGGCCCCCGCCGAUCGACAGCUCCUUCCUUCGAGCCGACGGCGUCCCCGACCUUCCUGAUGGGGCGGUGCAGGGCUGCAUCACCGUCAUGCCGAUGGGCUCCUCGUGGUCCAUGCACUUGUGCCAGCGCGUGCUGAGGGCCACGAUCGACCGUGCCGGGGUGCCCGGCUCCUUGACCAUAGAGGACGGGCGGCCGGCGGUGUCGCUCUCUCAGCCGACGGACGUCGGGUGCGCGGGGUACGUGGACAACUGCCUGGCCGUUGGUGCGAACGCCGCCCGCUUCGACGCUGUGGUCGACCAGGUCUUUGAGCCGCUCCAGCGCGUCGGGAUGCACGUCCACGACGCCGAGCGCGCGCCCGGCGACUGCACCUACCUCGGCUUGGAGCUGCGCGCCGGGCGGCGGCUCUCCGUCAAGGGGCGGAACGUUUGGCGCUUGCGGUAUGCCAUCGAGGUGAACGACGCUGACAUCCAGGAGCUCUGGCCCGUGGUCCAGCGGGGGCUGUGGCAGGUACGGUGUCUCCUGCCGCUGCUGGCGCGCGACCUGUCGGCCCCCUGGAUCAGCCGCGCCACGUGCUCGGACGCCAGCGAGUGGCUCGGAUCGGGCGCCUCAGCGAGCGGCGGCGCUACGUCGCUGGCUACGGCGCUGGUCGAGAGCUCCGCACCCUGCGGCACGCUGAGCCUCCUGGAGCUGGCGGCCGUCCGCCCGGCGACGCAGGCGGGGUACCUCACGCUCCUCAGCGGCUUCCUGGCCUUCUGCUCGGCCUUCCGCCUGGGCUGGUGCUCGAUGGCGGAGCCCGACGGGGCGACCACGGCAUACUGGAACCACAUGCUCCUCAACGCCGGGGCCCCCAGCAUGGGCGACCCGUUCUCAGCUGCGCCGGCGCACUUCACGCCGGGCUUGGUGGGGGCCUGGAGGCUCAUGCCGGGCGAGCCGCACCUGCGGGGCGCGUCGAUGCAUUCCGACUCGGACCCGUUCGUGCUGCCGACCUUCGCCGCGCUGAUGGCGGCAACCGUCGCCACGCAGUCGCUCUGGGCCCUUACCGUGGCGCGGGGCUGGGCGGUGUUCAGCCGGCGCUCCGACCUCCUCAAGCAGGGCCCGCUCAGCCCGACCCCGUACUCCCUGAGGCACAGGGGCGCGUCGCACGACACCCCGACGCUGCGACGCCCCCUCGAGGGCACCCAGCGCCAUGGGCAGUGGGCGGUGCCGCCGAGCAUGAAGAGGUACGCCAAGGAGACGCACCUCCAGGCCAAGCUGGCACAGGUCCUGCGCUGGGCCCUUCACCUCGAGACGGUGGUGGAGGAGCACUCCGCGCGGAUCCUCGAGCACAGCUUCAACGCGGAGCCGCUCCAGACGUUGCUGGGGCCCGCGGCGGCGCGCAGGGGGCCCGCCCGGCUGGCCGCCACGGCCUUCCUGGAGCUCUUCGCCGGCAGCGGCCGCGCGUCGGCCGAACUCAGGGCGCUCGGGCAUGGCUGCGUCGCGCUGGGCCUGGCCAACGGUGCCGACGGGAAUCAUCUCGGCCGGCGCUUCGAGCUCAUGAUUGCGGGGUGGCCGAAG